AUGAGUUCAGAUGCGUCAACAGUAACAUUACUACCCCAAGCUGCUGGAUACGGAGUCCUAGUUGGAGUCGGUGGCGGAUUCGCCAUCGGCAUGGUCAUCACGACGAAUUUGUUGCGCAAAUACAUGAAAGAGGAUAACAAUAGUACCGAAACGUUUGCCGUUGCCAAUAGAUCAGUGGGCACUUUACUUGCUGCAUCAGCAGUUUAUUCAAGUUGGAGUUGGGCCGAUGAGUUACUUUGGACAACAACAAUGGUUUACAACUAUGGUGUCCAAAGUUCUUAUUUCUACAUGUCUGGUCUUGUGAUUCAAAUUGCCGUUAUGGCAAUGGUGGGGAUCCAUGCUAAAAAGAAAAUACCCAAGGCGCACACAUCUUUGGAAAUUGUUGAAUUGCGAUAUGGAAAAUUGGCUCAUUUGUUGUACAUGUUUUUAUCACUAACGACAAAUUUGGUUUCUUGUGCUAGUAUGAUCUUGGCGGCCGCGGGGGCCAUAUCCAUAAUUGCAGGUAAUUUACACAUUGUUGCCGCUACGAUAUUGACGAUUUUCUCUGUCUUGUGUUAUUCCAUAUAUGGAGGAUUAAAAGCAACCUUUUUAACGGAUUUUGCCCAUAGUUUAAUCUUGUUGAUUGUAUUGUGUUACUUCAAUACCGGUGUAUUGACGAAAAUUGGUGGUUUGGAUGAAUUGUAUGACAAUUUGGCAGCAUAUGGUGGAAGUAGAGAGAUACCGGGGAAUUACGCAAAUAGUGUAAUCACGGGUAAAUCACAAGGAGCAAUUCUCUUUGGCUUGAUUUUAACUUGUGGUAAUUUCGGCCUUACGGUGAUGGAUAGUUCAUUUUGGCAAAAAACAUUUUCAGCUACGCCUAGAGCGACAGUACCUGCAUAUUUGACUGCCGGGUUAGCAAUCGUGUCCAAUGUAUGGCCCUUGGGUGCCAUUAUUGGUGGUGCUGCAAUCACAUUGGAAAAUUCACCCCAGUUCCCCACCUGGCCUCGUAAAAUGACUCAAUUUGAAAUUGAUUCCGGUUAUGCUUUGCCUUAUACUUUGAUGGCGACAUUGGGCAAGGGAGCUGUUGGUGGGUUAUUGUUAAUCUUGUAUCUUGCUGUAACAUCAACCAUAUCAGCACAAAUGAUUUCAGUAUCAUCCAUAACAACGUUUGACAUUUACAAAAAAUACAUCAACCCUAAAGCUCACAACAAGUCAUUGAUAUUUGUGUCUCAUAUCGCUUGUAUCAUAUUCACUUUUGGUGCCGCUGGGUUUUCGCUCAUGUUGCAUUAUGUUGGUGUCAAUAUGACUUGGUUUGGUUACUUCACUCCCUUGAUUAUAUGUCCGGGAGUUAUCCCUUUGAUCAUGUCAAUUGUAUGGAAUCGACAAAGUUGGUAUGCAGCGGUUAUGUCGCCCAUAUUGGGUAUUGUGUUUGGGUUCACUGUGUGGACGACAACUGCUUAUAAGCUAGAUGGUGCUGUAAACAUUACAACUUUAGGUGGCCAGUUGCCAGCAUUAUAUGGUGCUUUGACGGCAUUGUUUCUACCUGGUAUCGCUAGUGUGAUUAUUACAUUGGCCCAUCCACAGAAAUUUGAUUGGAAGGUGUUGCAACAGGCUACUAUCCUUGUUGAUGAAGAAGGAGAUAGUGAAAACACAGAAGAUAAUACCGUGGAAUUGGUGCCAGAAGACAACUUCAAAGUGAACAAAGAUAAAUCCAAUAUUGAACUAAAUAUUGAAUCUGAUCAAUCAUCAUCGACCUCAGCCACCAAAUUAGAAUCACAACCAGAAGAGCUGCCUACCACAUUGCAACCAAUAUCACCAAAAGAACUCGAUUUAUGGAUCAAAAUAUCCACUGGUGCUGCAAUUUUCGUCUUGUUGAUAAUGUGGGUACUUUGGCCAUUGCCAUUGUAUCGAAACUGGAUAUUCACAAGAGAAUAUUUCAAGGGGUAUGUUACUGUUGGAUUGAUGUGGUUAUAUGCCACUUUACUCGUAAUUGGAAUAGGUCCAUUGGUUGCUGGAAGGCAUACAAUUGCGUUUAUUGUCAGAAGCUUGUAUCGUGAUUAUAUAAAGAGGAAAUAG